AUGACUUCGAGCCCCCUGAGUAAACCCCACUCAGACCUGAAAAUCUAUUAUCACAAUGUCCAAUCCUUGAGCAACAAAACUGAUGAUUUAAGCAUUUUGCUGACCAGUGAACUCAGUGAUAUCUCAGUAGUAUGCCUAGCAGAGCACUGGCUCUGCACUGAUGUGGUUAAGCUAAUCUCACUACCCAACUUCAAAUUGUGUAAACACUACUCCAGAUCAAAUGAUGGACAUGGUGGAGUUGCCAUCUUCAUCAAACAACACUCUGAAUAUAGCCCACUUCCUACCCUAAAGGAAAUAGGAACACAUGAGAUCUUUGAAUGUGCAGCCAUAAAGCUUACAGAUCUAAAUCUGAUUAAUAACACCACAUCCAAGACAGCUCUAGAUCAAUUUUUUGCAAAUAGAAAUAAACUUAACCCAACUCUAGAAGUAUACAAUGCAGGAUUCAGCGACCACCAAGCUGUCAUUCUAAAGGUCGAUGUUAGCAAAGAUACCUCAAACCCAGUCCCACCUAAAACUUUACGAAGGUUUUUCACCCAAGAUAACUUGAACAAGAUAAAUGCCCUCCUUAGUAAAGAAAAGUGGACAGAGAUGUACACAGCCAAUGAUGUCAAAAUGAAAUUCAACAUAUUUCUUGACAAAAUGAUCCACCACUUUGAAGAGGCCUUUCCGCAAAAUCCAGUAAGAAUAAAUAAUAAUAAUAAUAAUAAUAAUAAUAAUAAUAAUAAUAAUAGAAACAAGAGUUGGAUUACAACAGCUAUAAAAAUCUCUUGGAAACAUAAAAGAAUACUCCACAAGUUGUGUAAACAAAGUAGUGACUCCCCCCAACUAACAGAAUACUAUAGAAACUACACAUGUAUCCUAAGAAGAGUGAUAAGACAAGCAAAAAGGAUGCAGAAUGAUGAGUACAUUGACAAAUCCAGCAAUAAAGUAAAAGCAAUGUGGAAUAUCAUAAAAAGGGAAAGAGGGGAAAUGAAAGCUUCACACACAAACAUAGUAAUCAAACUCCACAAUGAAUCUAUAUCUAAUCCUGAAGUUGUGGUGAACUCAUUCAACAAUUUCUUUACAAGCAUAGCUGAAAAACUGGUCCAAAAUAGUCCUAACACAAAUUACCAACCAGCAAACCAAAAAUAUCACACAUGUGCAGAGUCAAUUUUCAUUACCAAAGUCACUGAAAAUGAUGUUGCAGAAGCCCUCAGAGAGUUAAAAAAUUCAUAUUCAGCUGUAAUCAAAAAUUGUGAACACACGAUUGCUGAACCAUUAACUCACCUCAUUGUGCGAAUGCUAGAACUUCUAUCGCAGCUGACACUGCAUUUGCAAUGCUUGUGUGCAGAUUUACUGUUAGCUGAAAUCCCAGCAAUGGUGUGGGAAGCACCGGACAUGUGA